AUGCUGUUAAAGCUUAGAGUAUAUUGUCUUCUCUUUGCUUAUGAAGCCUCCACCCACUGGCCCACCCUACAUUUAGCAGAUCAUGUGACUGGGGGCAGCCCAACAAACAGGAUGUUAAUGCUUGACGGAAUGCCUGCAGUCCGAGUCAAAGCCGAGCCCCUGGAAUCGGAACAAGGGUCACCUAAAGUCCGCCGUUAUCCUGCGAUGGACAGCGUCCCCUUCUUUCUCAGCCGAGUUAAACCCGAACCUCCAGAAGACCUGCUCGCUCAUGACCCGCACUUCCACACGCAGACCGAGCCAGUCGACCUGUCAAUCAACAAGCCCCGCCCCUCAUCGUCAUCAAUCACCUCCGUGACCACCUCCUCCUCCCCUCUCAGAUCCACUUUCUCCCCGUCCUCCUUGUCGUCAUCAUCCUCCUCCUCUUCCUCGCCAUCGGUUAUCACCUCAGCCUCCUCGGUGCUUACGUCAGGCCCUUUGGUUGCCCCCGGCUCAGGGGUCAGAGGUCAGCCGUAUUUGCACAUCCUGCACUCUGUGCCGCCACCUCCGUCCAGCCCUCUGAGCCUGCAGGGAGCCGGGAAACUAACCAGCCAUGUUCACCGGAUCCCAGUCGUGGUGCAGUCACUGCCCCUCAUGUACACCACUGCGGUGCGAUCGCCCUCCAGCCUCAACAACGCCCUCAUGCUACCUCUGCUGGACAAAGCCAAAAACCACGGCAAAGCACACACAGACCCCAACGGCCUGUCGCCAAGGCACAUAAAAAGUGAGAGCGAUGACGACGACCUGCCAAACGUGACCUUGGACAGUGUUAAUGAGACCGGCUCCACGGCGUUGUCUAUAGCCCGAGCUGUGCAAGAUUCCAUAUCCCCGUUCAGUAUUGACAGCAUACGACGCCCCCGGAGGUCGGAGUCUCCGGAUUAAAAGAGAAGAAUCCACAGGUGUGACUUUGAUGGCUGCAAUAAGGUGUACACCAAAAGCUCCCACCUAAAAGCACAUCGGAGGACGCACACAGGGGAAAAGCCAUACAAAUGCACAUGGGACGGCUGCACGUGGAAGUUUGCCCGCUCUGACGAGCUGACAAGGCAUUACAGGAAACACACGGGCGUCAAACCCUUCAAGUGCGCAGAUUGUGACCGCAGCUUCUCCCGGUCCGACCACUUGGCCCUGCACCGGCGGAGACACAUGCUGGUCUGAGACGGAGCGUUGGGGGCAAGCCGCCAGGGCGGCGGGGAGCGGGAUCUCCCCUAUGAAUGUUAAAUUCAGCUGGCCUGGACACGACCAUUCACACAUUCACAAGGGCGUCACAAGGCAAGGCGAGCACAAAACAGGGUCACUUCUGGAUCCUCAUCGGGUUCGAAAGAACAGACGGCAGGAUCUCUUAUUGUCAUUGGGAACUGUCCUUUACAGCACUGUUUGUAAAUGUUCCACUUAGAUUUUUAAGAUAAAAUCAUUUGGACACAAAAGAAGAAAAAAAA